AAUAAAUGCUUAACAAAUAAUAACUUAGAAGAUAAAGAUGAUAGCUUCAAAGUUCCUAUUGUUAGUGCUAGCUUGGCAGCUGCAAGUUUAGAAACUAUGCUUACAUUUUUGCUUCAGCAGAAUAAUAUAGAGAAAUAUAUUAAUCUAGUAAGAAGUGUUGAAAAUUUAUCAAAAAAACCAAG